AUGUCUAUUUUAAAUCAUUUAUCUGAGAAUGUUAUCUCCGGGGGCACUAAAAUUCUCCAAGCGGGGCUAGAGGGCGGGAACCUUGCCGUUGCUUAUGGAAAGCCCGCCCUCGAAAAGUCUGUUAACGUCACGCUUCAGGCAGCAGGUUGGAGCACUCAGAACCCUGUUCUAGCCACUUGCGUGGUUGUGGGCGCUACCGGUGCUGUAGUCUUCGCUGCUCCCGGCCUCGCAACGGCUCCAAUUUUAUCGAGUAUGGGAUUUACAACAGGCGGAAUCCAGGCAGGUUCAGCGGCCGCAACCGCUCAUGGUUUGAUUGGAAAUAUUGCAGCGGGGAGCGUCAUGGCUAUAGGGCAGAGUGCUGGCGCAGGCGGAAGUGGCCUUGUGAUUGUUAACGAAGCUGCACAGUUUGGGGGUGCUGCAAUGUCUGUGGGAAGUGCUAGCCUAGCGUGGAUCAAAGCCAAAGUAUGA